UGAUGAAAAUGGCUAGAGCCUAGAAGAGGUUUUAGGGGUAAUAUAGUCAUUCACAGGACUAGGGUUUAUGAAGCAGGCUCAUCAUAUAAUUACGCAGCUUCUCUGCCGCACCAAUUAAUCCUCCGCUUCUGUUUCCAGGUUUAUUGAGCGAUGGUGGUUCAUAAAGGACGUAAGGCAUCUGUUAAGGAGGCAGUGAAGAAUGAUGUUGUAGAAGAUCUUGAUGUGGAAGUUUCUGACCAAGACGAAGAAUCUGAAGAUGACGUUGAAGUUUCUGACCAAGACGAAGAAUCUGAAGAUGAUGCUGAAGAAUCUGGAGAAGAUGAUGGUGAUGUAAAGCUAAGUGUACCGCAGGAGAAGGCAGUGUAUGACAGAGCUGGCCUACUUGAUAAACUCGGGAAUGUGAGCUGGCCGGAGAAUGUGGAUUGGAUACACAAGCUUACUCUUGAUUAUAGUCAAGAGAAAGAGGUGGAUGUGAAUGAUGACUUGAACCGAGAGCUAUCGUUUUAUACGCAAGCGCUUGACAGCACUAGGGAGGCGUUUAUGAAAUUGGAAUCGAUGAAUAUUCCUUUUUUAAGGCCUACGGAUUAUUAUGCUGAAAUGGUGAAGAGUGAUCAUCACAUGGAAAAGGUUAGGGGACGGCUUUUGGCGGAAAAGAGAAGGAUUGAGGAAGCAGAGGAGAGGAGGAAGGCUAGGGAGAAUAAAAAGAUGUCGAAAGCGGUCCAGGCUCAGAAACAGAAAGAGAGGGCUAAGGAGAAGAAGAACGAGAUCGAAUCUGUUAAGAAGUGGAGGAAGCAGAGGCAACAAAGUGGGUUCCCUGGGAAUGGAAAAGCUUUUGACAUUGGCUUAUCGUUUGAGGAUGGAAAUACAUUUGAAAGGUCAAAUAAAAAGAGGCCAGGGGUGCAUCCUGGUGAUCGUUCUGGAGGCAAGGCACGACAAGGCGCUGGCAGGGGUAAACCAGGAGCAGACAAAAAGAGAAAGGGUAGGGAGUUCAAAGAGUCAAAGUAUGGAUUUGGAGGCAGAAAAGGUAUGAAGAAGCAAAAUACUGCCGAGACAACUAAUGAUAUGCGGGACUUCAGUAAAGGUUUCUCCAAGAACAAGAAAAAGAAGACUUGAACGGAUAGCGUUGCUGAAUGCUAAAAGGCCGAAACAGUAGCAGGUUUAGGAAAGAUAUACCCUUGAAUUGUCACUCAUGUGGUGCAGAAUGACAGUUAGUUCUGCUGUAGUAGUUUAUUGUCAAUGUCAGCAACAUUCAAGUUUUAUUUUCCCAUGACGAUUAUGCCUUUUUCAUGAGUAGAUACCUUACUAUUUGCGUCCAUGUAAAAUGUCUUGCUGAUCACCAGAUUUUCAUAUUUCCGUUUCAAGUGGGUUUAAUUUAUAUUAGUAUUUAUAUUUUAA